CGCUAUGGCUGUGUGGGGCCGCGUGUGGGCCGAGGCUGGCGGCUGGUUGCAGAGUCCGGCCGCCGUGGUGCUGGUGGCGCUGGCGGCGGCGGCGCUGCUGUACAGGCGGCGGCGGGCCCGGCUCGUGUCCCUCAUACAGCGCAUCCCGGGGCCGCCCGCACUGCCCAUCAUCGGCAACGCCGUCGAGAUCAACGUCGAGCACGACGAACUCUUCGCCCGCCUGACGGGCACGACGAGGAUGUGGGGCCAGCAGUCUGGAGUGAACAAGGCGUGGCACGGAUCGCGGCCAUAUGUCCAGCUGUUCCAGCCAGAGGUGGUCGAGCCCAUCCUGAACAGUAACAAGCACAUCGAGAAGAGCGGAGACUACGAGUACCUACAGCCUUGGCUCGGGACUGGUCUGCUUACCAGUGGGGGCAGCAAGUGGCACGAGCGGCGCAAGCUGCUGACGCCGGCCUUCCACUUCCGCAUCCUGGACGACUUCGUGGACGUGUUCGCCGAGCAGAGCGCGCUGCUGGUGCGCCGCCUCGCCGCCGAGGAGGGCGGCCACCCCUUCAACGUCUUCCCCUACGUCACCCUCUGCACGCUCGACAUCAUCUGCGAGACGGCGAUGGGGCGAAACGUGAACGCCCAAGCAGACAGCGAAUCGGAGUACGUGCGAGCUGUCUAUGAGAUUGGGUCUAUUGUGCAGAGCAGACAAGCUAAGAUGUGGCUACAGCCAGACUGGAUCUUCAGGCUGACGUCUUUAUAUAAGAAGCACGAGAAAUGUAUCGAAAUUCUUCACAGUUUCUCCAAUAAGGUGAUAAUGGAGAGGAAGGAGGAGAUACGCCUUCAAAAAGAGAGACAGAAGAGCGGCGAAGACAAUGACUCCGAGUUAGGUAUGAAAAAGCGGUUGGCGUUCUUGGACUUGCUGAUAGAGUACUCCAAGGACGGCACGGUUCUCACCAACGAGGACAUCAGAGAAGAAGUCGAUACCUUCAUGUUCGAGGGCCAUGACACAACAUCUGCCGCUAUAUGUUGGUCGCUGUAUCUCAUUGGAAGCCACCCAGAUGUACAGGAGAAAGUUGUGGCGGAGCUGGAGGAAAUCUUCGCGGGCUCAGACCGACGGCCGACGAUGCGGGACCUGGUGUCCAUGAGGUACCUGGAGUGCUGCAUCAAGGAGGCGCUGCGGCUCUACCCCAGUGUACCGCUGCUCGCGCGACAGCUCACCGAAGACGUGCAGCUGGGCAGCUACCAGGUGCCGGCGGGCACGACGGCGCUGGUGGUGACGUACAUGCUGCACCGAGACCCGCGCUCCUUCCCGCAGCCCGAGCGUUUCCUGCCAGAGCGCUUCCUGCCGGACAACUCGACGGGCAGGCACCCCUACGCCUACAUACCGUUCAGCGCUGGGCCGCGCAACUGCAUCGGUCAGAAGUUCGCCAUACUGGAGGAGAAGGCGGUGAUCUCUGCGGUGCUGCGGCGCUACCGCGUGGAAGCGGUGGACCGCCGCGAGGACUUGACUCUGCUGGGGGAACUGAUCCUGCGGCCCAAGGACGGUCUGCGCCUGCGCAUCGAACGCCGCCUCUGACGCGUGGCCGACGCCCGGCUCACCUGUAUCGACCGGCCGGGUCGACGGUCACACGCAGCGACAGACACUCCAUCGCCCACGCCAGACACACCGCAGCUGCACGCCGCCCCCUAGCUAGGUAGCCUCGUUCUAGGCCACUCGCAAAUGUAUGCGAAUCGCGGCUUGUCUGAAACAAUUCAAAUCGAAUAAUUUCUACUUGUACGGUUACAAUGCAAACAUAAUCAACGAAAUCUGUCAGAAGAAGCUGAAAGCCAAACAGUUAAUUAACAACAUUGAAAUAACGCUAGACAGACAAGUAAAAGAAGAAUAGCAAAACUACGCUGUCAUGCCGUACAUCGGUAGCGCGUAUGUUUUGCAAGAAAAUCAUUCAUUUUAGUUCUCGUACCGACACACAUCGAGUAACGUUAUACGUCACAAAAUACAGAAAGAGCGUCCUUUCAAUAAAUCCAGAAUUUACAGUAUGAAUUGCUGAGAUUGUGAUAAAUUGUACUGGCCAAACGCGGAGAAAUUUGAAGCUUAAAGAACACGUCUAGUAUGCAUUUGAGAGAAAGUGGACACUCCGCAUUAGACAUAAACGAAGCAUUAAAAAAUUUUUACACAAAGCAGAUAAGCGAAAAACACGGAUAUCUUGGAAGAGAUCGAAAUAUAUGAGCAUGGUAUAUAGCAACCGAUACAGUCGUUAAAUGAGCAGACAGACUUGCGUAAUAUAACAUUUUUAGGCAAUUUUCAUCGUAUUUUACGAUUUAUUGAAUUCAGCAAUACCGGAACUUUAAUUAUGCCUAUACUGAUUAAAACUAUUCUCGAAGUCCACCCUGUAAGAAGUUUAUUAAGAAUUAACGACAUGUACAUAAGACUGUGAUCAAAGUGUAAUGUUAUCCACUGACAUGUCUUACCUAUUUACUGUACUUCUCGUAUUAUUUGCCGACAUUUGAUAAUGGGCUAAGGCCGUAACAGGCCAGUAAUGUAAUUGCAUGAUGCAGUAAAGGAAAAACUUAUCAGCCGACGAUGGUCAACAUGGUUGCAUUAUUUAGAUUAUUUUACUUCGAUUCUGCUAAGUGGUUUAUGACAAAAUGUUAAAGUACAUGACUGUACGAUGAAAUCUUAAAAGACAGGACGGAAAUCGGUCAGUUUCGUUCAUAUCUUCCAUGUUUUCGGCUGUGGGCAUCUGUGAGCAAACUAAUUUUCACUAUAAGGUUUAUUUCAGUCAACGUUCCGGGAUUUAUUUAGUGGCUACAUUAUUUUCGACUGUACAAUAAUUCUCGGUAGAAUUAUCUAGCCGCUAAAUACAUUUGCGAGCAUUGACUGAAAUACACCCCAUACUGGUCGUUCCAUAUAACGAUUUACUGUACCAACAGGUUUGAGACGGUGGCAGACAACAGUUAACAUGUUGUGCAAGCACGAUCUUCAGAGAAUCGUUUACGUAGAGCACGCGAUAUUUCUGUUCGAUUUCUUUAGAUUUUAAUGUCGUCUGCGAGACAAGUGGCCACCAUUUUGUUCUGUAGGAGAUGAUAUAUCGCACACCAGACAUUGUGUGAGCACUGCAUUAGCGUAACGUUAUAAAGGACCUGUAUAACCGUAUGCCAUUAGUUUUAAGCCUGGAACUAUAACCAGUGAAAUAAAUCUUUACACCGAAGAAAAUGUGACUGGUUACUGCAAUUAAAGCUUUUCCGUGAUUUGGGUCAAAUUGUGGAAGAUACCUCAGCUUCAGUUUAAUGAAGAGUUGAACAGUAUUAUUUGUUACAUAUUACGCCAGAAUUAGCUUAUUUGGCUCCUAUGUACCAGAACUGAAAAAGUACAAGUCAUUUUCUAGUAUUUUGUGCGUUCAAAUGCCUUGUUCUUUUAUUUUAUCAUUACAGUUGUAUCGCAGUUUCUUGGCAUUUCGAGUGUAAUAAUAGCUUAUAUUUUCAUCAUCUCGGACUGCAACUAACAAUUCCAACAAUGAAUUAAGGUAGUGCAUUAAGUGAGACUACUGACAGUGAUGUUGCCGAAGCGUGUGUCCCUCUGGAUACAACAAAUGGAAAUAAUGUGACUAGAAAGUUUAUAAUACACGGACUACGGUCCGUUUGAUUCCCGGUUUGGAAUAUCCCUCAGAAAAAUUCAAAAGUCCAGAUGCUUCCAUUGAAGAAAAAAUUAGCAAAUUUAUCCAUGUAGUUAACCAGAUUAGCAGUGAGCAGUGUCUGGAAAUAGUAAGAGAAAAAAAUAUGUAUUGAACCCUGCUUUGGUUUCAGAAAAUUUAAAAAUUAUCAAUAAAAGCAACAAAUGCCAAAUUCUGACAUUCAAUAGACUUUAUUAGUCAGUCAAAGCACCCACUACCUCCUUUGCCGCAUACCUGCAGUUCAGAAUACGAAAUCUAGGCUUCAACUGGCUUGAACGAAGUGUACAGAUGUUCAUUUAAAAUAGUCCAGCUAUUAAGAAAUUAAAUGACAGAUUGUAAUCAUGAAAGAACUUGAAUUAUUUCCCGAGGUAAACAAUGAUAAAUAGAUAAUUCAGUACUACUUAGAAACUGAAUAUAUUUGAUUUACACUUCGUGGAAGUCACGGAAUGAUUCUGACAAAGGUUAUUGCUACGUCCGUACAUUUCUGUCAGGUGUCCUAGUUUAAAUUGUGCUCUAAGUAAUAGGAACAAUUCUUACUCGGCCAGUAACAACUUCAGGCAAACUGCUUUUCGGAAAUGCUGCGAGCAACACGUUCCUCAACAGUUCUUUAACUGCGGAAAUUGGGCGUUCUUAAUAAUCGUGUUGGCAGCGGCAGAGGGACAGAAAGACAAUGGCGAAUAAACUUUAUCACUUUAUGCACGCACUCUUUACGCACCUGCUCCACCCGCUUUGUUGUAUUGUAUGUGAAUCUAAUGCGAAUUCUGGAAAACGUUGUACAGACGUUAAGACACGCACAUACGAAUGUUAUUUAAGUAAUUGUACUAAUAUAAAGAGUGAGUUUUAUGUUAUGCUCAUUGUUAAAAAAAUUAUUUAUAUUGUCACAUCUGUAAUGUAACGAAUUAAAUGGAUUUACAUUAUAAAAUAUCUGUAAUAUGUGUUGUUCGUCUCUGAAUAAAAUUAUCAUCAUUUGAAACAUUCA